UCCCCAGAUCAGGACACACCCCAGGUUGUCCAGUGGUUCCCGUGCUGGAACUCCUGUUGAAGCCACCCAGGGACCUGGAUGCUUCCCACAGUUCAGCAUGGAGCAGGGGUGCUGGGCCCUGACCCCUCCACGUCUGUCCUGGACACCCCAGGACCACAGCACAGGCCCUGCCCAGCCCCGUAAUGACCAAGAGGCAGGUCCAGAAAUACCUCCUGCACAGGGUCACCUGCAUCUGACGCCCCCAGCAGGCAGUGACCAGCACGGUGUGGAAGGAGCCAGGGUGGCACCCGGCAGCCCCAGAGGGCUCCUGGCCUCGGGAAGUCUAUCGAUGGGGAAGCUGGUCACUCGGAGGCUGCUGGGGAGAAGGGGGAGUGUGGCAUUCCCUGGACAGAAGGGCGAGUGUGGCGUCCCCUGGAGAGAAGGGCCAGUGUGGCGUCCCCUGGAGAGAAGGGGGAGUGUGGCGUCCCCUGGAGAGAAGGGCGAGUGUGGCGUCCCCUGGAGAGAAGGGCGAGUGUGGCGUCCCCUGGACAGAAGGGCGAGUGUGGCGUCCCCUGGAGAGAAGGGCGAGUGUGGCGUCCCCUGGAGAGAAGGGGGAGUGUGGCGUCCCCUGGAGAGAAGGAGGAGUGUGGCGUCCCCUGGACAGAACGGGGAGUGUGGCGUCCCCUGGACAGAAGGGCGAGUGUGGCGUCCCCUGGAGAGAAGGGGGAGUGUGGCAUCCCCUGGACAGAACGGGGAGUGUGGCGUCCCCUGGAGAGAAGGGCGAGUGUGGCGUCCCCUGGAGAGAAGGGGGAGUGUGGCGUCCCCUGGACAGAACGGGGAGUGUGGCGUCCCCUGGAGAGAAGGGCGAGUGUGGCGUCCCCUGGAGAGAAGGGGGAGUGUGGCGUCCCCUGGACAGAAGGGCGAGUGUGGCGUCCCCUGGACAGAACGGGGAGUGUGGCGUCCCCUGGAGAGAAGGGCGAGUGUGGCGUCCCCUGGAGAGAAGGGCGAGUGUGGUGUCCCCUGGACAGAAGGGGGAGUGUCCCUGCAGCCCUGGCCAGCCAGCGGCAUGCCCUGCUAGCUCUCCCCCAACCUCAGGGAUAGGGAACCCUGACAGGGCACAAGUCCCCAUCCCAGAGGGGCCUGGCCCAGCCUCAACCCGAGCCCUGGGAGGGGAGGGGCACCAGGGGCGCUAUGGGCCCCCAGCAGAAGCCAGGAUAACCACA